AUGUCGCAGGAUACUAUGUACCGCCACCAACUGUGGCACAUCGAGGACCCAACCUUGUCGGUGUCGCAGGCCCGUCUAAAGCUGCUCUUCGACUUUGACCCACCUUCGCAAUACCGGCUGCAGCCAAACGGACCACUGCUGCACGGUAUCCGGCCCAGCUGCGUACUGUGCGGUAGUGUGAGUCCGCCAGGAGGUGGCGCCGCGGCAUCGGCUGCUGCACCCAUUACUAUGCGUCGGAUGGGCGUGUUCGGUCGGGUCGGCAGUGCCCCGGUGCAGUAUGAAGAGCCGCUCGUGACGGAGUGGACGGAUGUUGGCCUGCCUCCGACCUCGACAACGGAGGACGCUUGA